AUGACAAUCUCUUACCUCCAAUUGUUUCUAACACUCUCGACUUUGUGCGGCCUCAUUGAAGUGUCUGCCGAGACAAACGAAACAGACCUUGUUGAGCAACUUUUCCUCGAUAUAUCUAUAUACAGUGUUGUCAAUUCCGUGGAUGGCAUACCAACGAUUGAACCAUGGGCCAGUCAAUACGUUGCUGCUCUACAGGAACGCCGUUUUGGCGACGCCAUCUGGGCACGAUACCACAUGAUGGGAGAGGUAGAAAAUGGCAUUGUUGGUGACACCAACCUGACCGUUCCCCAGAGCAUUGAGGAGGACGCCGUCGGAUACAAAACCUAUGCACCUGAACAAUUCGCGCAGGCCUUGUCAAUCUAUGCGAACACCAGCAGUGAGGAUACGAAGCCGGAAAUUCUCGAACUCAUAUCAAACGUCAAAGCUCUUGAUUCCACUGGUCUGGAAGAUCGAACGACAUACAGCAUCAGGUGUAGCGGAGAUCACCUUGCAUACAGAUCUAGCUGUUAUCAGGUUCUUGACCACAUGUCUCAACAAAAGGUCCUCAUUGGAAGGAAUGUCAGAACCCUCUUUUCCUAUCAUUCCUGCUCGCUGAGAGUUGGUCCUUAUAAUCGAGGGGCUGACCUGACCUACAACACGGCCCAUGCUGUUGCCCGUCUCAUUGAAGAGCAAUGUGCACGAGUGCCCGCAUGCUGUAAUAGCGUGAAGGUUUCGGGUUACUCACCUAAGAAUUCGGGACAUCGAAAGGUCUGCCUUAGCAGCAAGAGUACUGGAUGCUAUUGA